UAGUCCGACCCGCACACCGUUGCAGUUUCAAAGGUCAUGAGCCGAGGCUGUGGUAACUGUUGAUACCAGCAAUUCUCGUUCUACAGCCCGAGUUUUUCCUUUAACCUAGUGAACAUGGCAGAUUACAUUAUGUUGAACAAUGAACAUCGAAUCCCACAAGUAGCUCUUGGCACAUCAAGGAUUCCUGAUGAGAAGUUAGAAGUAUGUAUAAAGCUAGCACUGGAAAUGGGGUACCGUCAUAUAGAUACUGCUUUCAUUUAUGGUAACGAAAGAGCCAUUGGGAAAGCACUUCAGGAAUAUUUUGAAGCCACCAACCUGAGGCGGGAGGAAGUGUUUAUCACCACAAAGUUGUUACCAAAUUUCAUGACUGAGAGUGCUGUAGGACCGGCGUUAGACGAAAGCCUGAGGAGGUUAAGACUGGAUUAUGUUGAUCUCUUUCUCAUUCAUAUACCAUGCGCAAUGAAGCAUCUUGAUAGUUACCCCGAGAAACAUCCAGGACAUGAGGAAACAGUACAGGUUGAUUUGAGAGAAACAUGGAAGGCUAUGGAAGAAACGGUAUAUAAGGGCAAAGCCCGUUCAAUCGGUGUAUCGAGCUUCAAUGCCAAGCAACUAGAUUACAUUCUUGAGGUCGCACGUAUUAAGCCAGCCGUUAAUCAGGUUGAAGCUCAUGCAAGAUUUCCCCAGAAGAAACUUCAUGCAUUUUGUAAAUCCAGAAAUAUCCAACUUGAAGCCUUCUCUCCACUUGGAUCACCCUACUUUAACGGAUCGGCAAUAUUAAAUACGAUACAAUCCGCUGAUAACGUGGUGGAGAAUUCCGUUGUUAUGGACAUGGCCCAGAAAUAUAAGCGUACAACAGGACAAAUUCUUCUUCGCAACCUGGUACAGAGGGGUAUUGUUGUAAUUCCGAAAUCCGAAAACCCACAAAGAAUGAGAGAAAAUAUUGAGAUUUUCUCAUUUUCUUUGAGCGACGAGGACAUGAAAAGAAUAGACGAACUUGAUAAUGGAGAGCGUCGCUUCUGCUUUUCAUGCUAUGGUCAUUUAAGGACGACCUCCCCUGUGUGCAAGAUGCAUGUGUGUAGUGUAUGCGUGGCUGCGACGAUCAUACAAUGGGGGCAGCUGGUACAAUUCUUACGCCCUACCUGCAGGAACCUGGUGCAAAGACCACCCAGAAUAUCCAUUCAAUGAAGAAUUUUGAAAUAGCUCCAUCUUGUAAAUAAACAGUAUAUAUCAAAAGCAUAUUUCUAAAUAAUGCUUUAACCACUACAACUGUAUAACUUAUUAACUUUCAGGCAAGAGAUACUUAAGUUAUUGAAUGGUUGUGUUAAGAGGAAGGUAAAAUAUAUCUAUAGAUGUUAUUUACUACAAACAACAAUAACAAAUCAUAAACAGAUGCAGUUAAAGGUACAUACUGUCAGGGGAAUGACUGUUCCAGCGCCGCUGCAGAUAUACUUUUUAAAAAGUUUAGAACUAGUCAGCAUCAUCACUGUGAAAAGCUUUCCUUCAUUAGCAGAAAAUUUCGUUUUUAAAACAGGAUGGAAAACAUUGCCACGAAUACAUGAGCGUCGGAAAAUCAAUACAUUUAGGCAAAAGGAAAUCGUUCUGGAACGUCGUACAUACAAUUCAAGUUUAAGUUUUCCUAUAAACAUCCCCCCCCUUACUUUUCUGGUUGAUAUAACUGAACCACAGCUUGGCUAGGUCAUUUCUGUUGAUCAGAUAGCUCAAUCGGUUAGAGAGAUAGCACUAUAACAAUUUGGAAUCCAGUGUUCAAAUCCUGAUCUAACUCCGCUGAAUAUUUUGUCCGGCAAGAUAUGGUUUUUCUUUUCAGAAAUGAUUUAUCAAACGUAUUGUCAAGCCAGAAAAAGCAGAUUUUUAUACUUAGUUACAGGUUUUUGCAGUGGUAAGGAGAUCCUUAAGAAUACAUCAUCUUCUGUCAAAACAACACUGUAACCUUAUUACGGCAUAGAUGGACACCAUUCCUUUUAAGCCUCGUGUUCGAACAAUUUUCUUAGAUGUUCGUUCUUUUGAUCGAAUAAACACUAGUAAAGUGAUAUAGUGAAGCAAAUAUUCAUUUUGUUCGGCUAUCUUUAUCAACAAUCUAAUGUUCACAUAGAUAAUUCCUUACUUCGAAUUUGGGGUGAUUAUGUUUAAGUAACAAGCAUGGUUGAAAAUGCUGGUAAACUAUCAGUUCCCGAGGGUUGCCAUAGCCUUAACCUUGUACCGGGAGUUUAUACUACCACAUGGAAUAUUUAUUAGAGAAAACAUUAAUUGCUGCUGUCAAAAACUGUAAAUUUGUAACGUAAUAAAACAGUUGCAU